CGAAGUGGUACUCUUCAAUGUUUUAGGUACAAAUAUCGCGGAAGCGGAAAACUUGAAAACAAACCUGACACAGUUGAAUCAAUAGAAGACAAACCUGGUGUGGUAAAACGAGAGAAAAAGACUAUCUUAUACUUAUUUCUUUACCAUUAUAUAUUAUAUGGAGAAAAGAGGUAAAUGAGAUUAUAAACAUACGCCGGUUUGCCUUUAAAUAGACUUUAAUAGUCCAUUUUUAGCAUGGCAUAAUAAUUUUUAGGCAAUCCUUCGAAGUCCGGUCCCAAAUUAUUUCGUAUGAAAAAAAAAAUGCAAUGCACUGUGGCUAUUGUUAGAAAACAGCAGAAAUGUCAGUCAUAGCUUUUGCAAAUAACUGUGACUUUACAAACCAGUCAGUAAAUACUAAAUUUUGUCAUUGGGGCACAUAGCAUUUGCAAAUAUCAAAUAGCAGCCGAAAACGUUCUGCUUGUGACUUGCGCCACUGAGGGCUCCAAGUAGCUGGCAAACAGACCGCGACUAGUACCACUCUCAUAGCGGAGUUUACGUUUCGCUUGCAUCCAAAGUCCUUCAAUAAUUUAUGUGUGAAUGUCCUGGUCUACUAGAUCAACAAAUUCACGCACAUGCACAAUGACAGCGUGAGCAUAAAUCCAGUUGUUGAGCUGAGCAACAUUUUGAAAUACUCGCCAAGCGUCCGUGAUGAUAGUUGUCCCUGGUAACACAUGAUGAGUGAUAAUGCGCUCCAGUGUUUGUGCAUCUUGGCGGCUGACAACCUCCAUCCAACAUCGUCCACUAACACAAACAUCAAUUUCAAAACAGAAUGAUGCCCCAAGACUUUUAAGUAAGUAGUAAUCAUUGGAAAUAAUUUGGGACCGGACUUCGGAGGAUUGCCUAAUUUCUACAUCCAUCUAUUACUUCAAGCCGACAUCUUAUUAAGUACAAUUAGUCAAUGAGUGAGUUAGAGGUAAUCAACCACUUGAGCGCUCAUAAGGCCUAAUGAAAAAAUUAUGUUGUCAAGUGUUGUUCUGGUUUAAAAUUUAAAGUGCUAUUUAAACAGUUACUAUUUUUAUUAUUAGGCACUUUGGUAUUGCCAGGAAAAAUAGAUAUUGUAAUUUUGUUGUCAAAAUGGUAACCUCCACUUUUUAAUUUACUGAGAUUAUCGUUGGUUUGCCUUUAAUAGUCCAUUUUUAGCAUAAUAAAUUCUACAUCCACCAAUUACUUCACAAGCCCACAUCUUGCUUGUUCUAUUGAGAAUUCAUUUGAUUUUUUUUUCGAGGUUAAAGUUUAAUUUAGUUUAAAGCUUUGAAAAUUGAAGUUGAAAAUAGGUUAACUUCACUGACCAAUAACUUCUUUUCUAAAAAGCGCUGAUUUAUAAAAGAAAAAAAGGCUGAGUUAAUUUAUAAGGUUAUUCUACAGUGCAACAGUUGGAAGCCUGCUUAAUUUCAGGAUUACCUGCUGGUGUGGGAAUUCAACGUCUGAUAUUAAACACUGCAUGAACCGACUAGUCAACAAGAAAGCUAGAAACACAAUACAAACUAAACAUCCUUCACUUGAAGAACUAUUUGAAGAAAGAUGUUAUUGUAAUACUAAACACAAUUUGGAUGAUGCAUCCCACCCUCUUCAUCACAGAUAAAUAGGAUUGGCCCGUUCGGGACGAAUCCUUUCCGCCGGGGCGAGGACUGAAAGAUAUAAAAAUUCUUUUUUCUGUACGAAUUUACCAGCGUGCUCCCCUGAAGUCAUAAAUCUUAGUGAGAACUUUUAAGUCCCUGAUAUGGCUGAGAGUACUCACUGAAUGGCUUUUUUUUUCUUUUUAUCUUUUUUUUUUUACUAAUAUAAAUGUCUUGUGUUCACAUUGUUUUAUUUAUGUGCUGCAAAUGUACAAUGCAAUCUCAAUCAUAAAACAUUUCCAUUUGUUUGGAUAAAUAAAAGAAUCAUCAUUUAUAACAUAUCCAAAUUUCAUGAGUGUAGACCAUAAUCAGGCUUCAAAAAUGAAAGUUUAAGACAUCACUUUUUUAGGAUAUGUAAUUUGUCAUCAUGGCCACCGUACGUGACUGCAUAUUACCAAUUAUCUAUAGCGGCCGUGGGGUAAUUAACAAUUAUUAUAUUGUUUAUCCAGAAUAUAAAUGUGAAAUAUAACUAAUAAUAAAUUAUUUUAUAUAGACUAAAAAAUGUUUAUAACAUAAAUAAUUAUUAUUAGCUUAUCAAAUAACAGUAGUUUUAAUUUUGGGAUUCACUGCCAUGGACAUGGCUGACAUGGGAUUGAUAAGCACUUGUCUUGGACUUAUAUAGGCUUAGUAAAAGUAUUAUAAAAGUAAUUAUACUAUUAUAAAUGAUUUAGGGAGUGGGAUAAAUAGCGUUUAUUACAACUGAUAUAUUUAUACUAGUUUAUAUAUAUAUAUAUAAUAUAAUCCUAAGUAUUCUCAAAGAAAAGAAACACACUUUCUGCCACAGACCUCAUUACUCUUAUGAUUUUGGCCUACAAUUUACGAUUUUAAGGUGUACACAUAUAUUCUGUAUGUUUAUUUUUUUACCAUUAAGAUAAUGUAUUGUACGAUUUUGAAGAGUUUGAGGAUAAACAGGUCUGCUGUCACAUUAUACAUUUUUAUAAAGAAAAUUAUAGGCAUUAAAGAAUUUUUUUUGGGGGGGGGGAUAUUAACAAUAACUAAAUUUAAAAUUUUUAGUUUUAUUUAGUAAAACCCUCAUCUAACUAUAUUCCUUGUAAAUGUUAUAUUUUUAUCUCAUUUUAUAAUAAAGUUAUAGGCAUAAAAGCAAAAAGCCAAAUAAGGGGGUCACACUUGUGGAAGAAAACUCUGUAGUAAAAAAAGUGGUUUUUGGGUCCUUGCUAAAAAAAAUCAUAACUUUUGAACCACUUGAGCUAGGAAGUUGAUCUUGGUAUUUCUGUAAUCUAUUCUCUAGGCUCUAAUAAGCUGUAGUAUUUUUAAAUGUUUAAAAAUUUUCAUAUUAUUAUUGAUGGUGGUUUUGAGUGGCAUAAAAAUAAAGUGGAUGCUGUGCCAAACUGACUGCGAUCACUUUAUAGGAGUGUAUUGACAGAAGAAAAAUAUAUCAUUCUAGCCUCACUGUGUGUUGGAAGGAUGGGCGGCUUAUGCCAACAUAAACCAGAUCAAACAAGGAAUAUACAAAUAGUCCAUUGCGAUCCAUCAAUAAAAUUUUGUUGAUCCAAAUGACACUGGUGACCACAUACAGCAUGUUGAAAAUGUGGAUGCAAGCAAACUGAAAAGACAGUUAAGCAUAAGCUGCAAUCUUUUCCCUCCUAAUUGUAUCAGUUCAUGUUCUACAACCGUUUCCGUGGAGAUGAUAUUUUUAAAAACUUCAUUACUGUUACCUUGGGGGAGUACGAUGCAUGCAAAAAGUUAACAUACCGGCUAUCUGUCAGAAAUCCAAUAACCAGAAGUUUGAUUAUCUUUUUAGGUUUUAACAUACUUAUCUUAGUGAAUAUGGCUGCAUUAAUUUUAAAUAAAAUGAACAGUAUCACCAUUUGAUCUUUAGGAUUAAGAGAUAAAAGUUUAGAACUAUCACAUUAAGUACAUGUAGGACUACGGUUAACUAUAUUAUUUUUUGGGGCCUACUAAAAAAAAAAUUGUGUUGUAUUUAUAGCAUUCUGAUGCUGCCAUGCUAUGCCUUACAAUUUAAAUGAAUAAAUAUGUAAAUAGUAACUGAUUUGUACUUAAAACAUUUUUGUGAAGUUCAACUAUAUCUUACGUUAUUUAGUCUAAAGUCUAAAAUUAUAUUAUCAAAGUUAAUCAUAUUUUUAUUCUUUAAGAUAUGUCGGCAUAAAUAAAAAUAAAUGAUUGUUUAAAAAAUAAGUUGAAAAACACAUUUAAGUUAGGCCCUAAGUCAUACCAGCUAUAGAUCUUGCAAGUAAUUAGCUUUUAACAACUUGCUUGUAGUUAAAUUGUUGGAAGUACUUGGUAGAAGUGAGCUGAAUUCGGAUUGUGCAGCUAAGUCAUUUCAGGCGAUCACAUGCAGUUUUCAUCUAGCAUAUUGUAAAUUUAAAGUUAAAAGUGUGUAUUGUGAUAGUGUACAUAUGUAAUAUAUUAAAGCUGUGUCAAAAAACUAAGUUCAUGUUAAUUUUCAUUAUUUUUUUUUCUAAAACGUACUAAAGUUUUUAAAUAUUUAACAUUUUUCAUUCUGUGUUCACAUAGGCUCCAUGUCGGACCCACUUAAAUCAGUUGUGAAGGAUCAUUUUAGACAGAUGUUGGAAAUAGGACUUGAUGUGAAAAAGAAGGCUUCGCAAGAGAGAAAGAUGUUCAAAGAAGGCAUUUCAGGUGGGACUCUCUUCUUUUUUUUAACCCUGUUUCUGUCACUUAACAAACUUUCUACGGUUAGAGCAUUGGAUUUAUUCAUUUGAUUCUAUGAGAUCACAAGAGUGAUAAAAAUAUCAAAAACUGAAUGAAUUUUAUUCAUGUGCAUUUACUUUUGUUAAAGUUGGCAAAUAAAAUGUAUAUAAAUCUUGAAAUUAAUUAUUUCAUCAGAUCUUCAGCAGAAACUAAAUUCACUCUCUUGUAAGGAUGAGCAGGAAGAAGAGGAAACAAUACGGAAAUUGCAAUCAGAAUUACUGACUUUAGACGAUAAAAUCAAUAGAGCGACAGGAACAGAGAAUGAACUCCAGAAACAGGUUCAGAAACUAGAGGAACAAUUAAAGGCUGCAAUGCAGGAGGAAAAGGAAAAUAAUAAGAACAGGGCUAGGUAAGUGAUAAACUUUUACACAAAGGCGAUAAAUGAAUUAAAUUCAGCUCUGUUCAUUAGAAAGUAUUUAAACACUUAUUAUAAAUUCCUUUUAAUGUUGUUCCUAAAUUUAAAGUAUCCGAAUAAGAAUAUUGCCCAAGGUAUCGCGCGCACCUACAUUCUCCCAAUCCGCCCCUGCAUGUGGCUCACUUAAUACUUUAUUAUCAGAUAUAAUUUACAAAAUGGUUUAAAAAUUAAAAAAUGCUGCUGACUCAAAAUUGACUUAAAAGACCAAUGCCCUUGUCAUUUUAUUCUCUGCAGUACACUUUGAUUUUCUUUAAUUUAGAGUGGUAAAGUACAAUUUGAUGUUAUGAGAUAAUUACAUAUCUUCAAUAUCAUGAAUAUAGGAAUAGGCACCAGAAUGAUCAAUAUAUUGAACAUGGGCCCUCAAAAUAUAGAAGAAGAAGUUGAAAAAUUAUGUCCCAAAAAUAUAAUCAGUUAACUCAAUCUGAAUAAACUAAGAUUUCUCUGUUCAUUAAAACUGCCAAGUCUCAUUAAAUGGUUUAUAAGGUUUUAAUUCUACCUGUGCCAUUAUUUAAUUUUGUCUUAUUUUAAUUAUUGACGGUUGAUUUCUUAUAAAGUGUAGUAACUUUUCUAUCCUGAACUGUCAAAAUAUUUCCACAGGUCUGCUGUCAAUAUUUACAGAGAAAUUAGUCAAAUCACCUGGCAAAAAAGUGAAAAACCUGGUGAAAUUAAAGGCUGUAUCCUUUUAUUUGAUAAUUAAUCAUAGAGAAAUUGCUUGGGAAGUUGCAUGUGUGGAGAAUGAAAUCCCCUUACAUAUUUUAAUUUUUAGAAAACCUCACAAUUAUUAAUCAUUUUUUUCAAACCAUUUUUACCAGUUUUGAUUAUAAUUAAUUAUAUGCACAAAUUAAUAGGCACAGUGAUAAGUUUUUUGGGGGUGAGCUGCCAUACACACGCAUAUACACACAGCAUAUCUCAGAGUUGAAGUGAACAAAAAAACUAGAAAUACAAAAAAAAAAUUCAAGCCUAAUUGUGUGGUUUAUUUUUCCUUGACUUUCUUGUCCAAGUCAUAUGCACAAAGCCUGAUGAAAUCAAGACCUUCUGUUUCGACGAAACUAAACAGUCGCAGUUUUUUAUCACCAACAGCCUGUGGGAGAUGACAGAAGACGACACUUGUUGGAACAUGGAUGAUGAAGCCUUGUGACUGGCACUUUGAAAGGGCUGAAUCAUAACAUUGACUGAACAAGGCACUGGAGUAGUUCCCUCCUCAUGUUAACCCCCCCCCCUCCCUUUAUGUGUUAAACUUGUUAACCCACUUACAGCAAAGCAUCAACUGUUAUUUCAUUCACUGUUAUCUCACUCACUGUUAUCUCACUCACUGUUGUCCAAACUUUUUGUAACAACCUGUGCAUCUGUCCUCUCUUUAGAAUUAAUUUUACUGGUAACAGUUUUGUUCUUUAAAACUACUAUGUUGUUUUUUAUCAAGUUGCUCUUUUGAAAGGGAGAUCAGCGGCCGAAUUAAUCUUCCUUAAUAAUUCUUUGGGUUCUCUUUCUUCACAGAAUGUUAUAGAGACGAUUAAUAGUGUUUACACAAAUUUACAUUUGAUUUCAUAAAAUGUACUUUAAAAGUAUAAAAUAAUUGUCCCCCAAAAAUUCAAAUUUGUUACAGUCAUAUGAAUAAAAAUUUAAUAAAAGAAGCAAUUUGUGGGGAGACAGACGGACCCAUAAAAGACAAUGUUGGACAUAUUUAUACAUUUACAUUGCUGCAAAUUAGUGUUUUGUGACACAACGGUUUUGAUAAAGUUAAUUUAAUCAUUGGAAACAUGAGUUCUCACAACUGCCUUGCAUUACUAUUGUAUGCUCCCAUCGAUCGUGAUCUUGACAAGUGGAAUGAAUUUAGCGCUACCGCUGCAUGUAUGUUUUUGCAAUUUGCAAAAAAGUUCAGUUCAUGGGCUCACCACGCUUUUUCAUAUGACUGUAACAGCUCUGAAGUUUUGGUAUUUAAUGCUUUUUAGUACAUUUUUUGAAAAUGUGGUUUUUUUUUUAUAUAUAUAUAUUUUUUCAUAUUGUUAAAUUUUGUGUCUUAAUUAUCAUUUAUCAUGACUCAUGGUCUGGUUGUAUUGCCUUCAGGGGUGGGCAAGUGUACAAAGUUUCAGUUUAAUUUGAGGUCAGGAAGUGGGUCAAAAUUGAGAUGCAAUUUGUGACCCGCAGUGGUCACUCAAGGGUAAGUGGGGGUCACUGGUGACCUACUGAUCAUGCAGUUUUGUAUGGUCAUCGGGGUGGAUAAGUGUACAUAUUUUCAGCUCAAUUUGAGAUCAGGAAAAGGGUCAAAAUCAGGAUCAUCCUAGACAGAGCAACCUAAGAAAAAGUCUAUAAUAAUUAUUUAUUUUCAUUAAAGUGGACUGUCUUAAACCAAAAUCAUCUUUCAGCUUCAAGAUUUUAAUUUUUUUCUACUCCUACAAUUUCAGUAAUAGUAAUAUAUUCAUCCUCACUUCAAGGUAGAGAUAAAAUGCCUGAAGAAACCAUAUUUUAAUUGAAUUUUUACUUGCGUCAAUAUCACUGACUGAAUGUCAUUAUUGACAUUUUUUUCAGCUUGAACUUGAAGUGACUAUUAAUAAUAUUGAUUUUUGCCUAUAAUUUGCUGUUGGAAUGGUUUGAUAGGUUGUUAAAACUAAUAAAACAAUUGUCAGUUUAA